UGUUUUAAAACUGACAUAUCUGUCGUCAAGGAAAGCUGAGUAGAGGUUUUGACAUAAACGUAACAGAAUCUGAACCGCGCUAUAAAUACCUGAAGCCUAAAGGGACCAAGAUAUUUCUCUUCGAAACACUGCCAGGUUCACAGUUAUUCUGUUACAGGUCAACGCCACAAUGAGAGCAGUCAGUGUUUGCCUGAUCCUAUUUCUUGUGACGGCUCAUAUGUCCGUCGCCAAGAUCCUCACUAAGUGUCAACUCCUGCAGGAGCUGAUUAACCACAACAUUGCAAAAAACGAUUUAGCAACCUUGGUGUGUAUAGCUCAGCAUGAGAGCGGUCUGAAUACGGAAGCCUUGGGCGGGCCCACCUCCAAUGGAGCUCAUUACUAUGGGAUAUUCCAGAUCAGCGACUUAUAUUGGUGCAGCGAUUACGGCGUGGGCGGAGAUUGCAACAUUAAUUGUGCAGAUCUCAGAGACAACAACCUGGCCGAUGAUAUCAAAUGCGCAUUGAAGAUCAAGGACUCUCAAGGAUUUACGGCUUGGUUAACUUACUCGCAAUAUUGCACCGAUGCCGUUGUGCCCAGUUGCUGAACUGGCCCCCGCAAUCCACUGGCUUAUUCAGAAGUUAAGGAAAAUUGGCCAAGCCAAAUAACAAUGACGGCAAUGCAUUGAUUUUUAAACACAAAGCACCUCAGCAUUUUUUCUUAAAUAACAGUCGAAGAGCGUGUGUUUCAUGUUGAUCAAGUGUUCCAUGUGUGAUAAAAUAUCAAAAUUUAUUGAAGUUCUUAAGCAGUGACAUAUUCAUCUUUAAAGCAUCUAACAACGUAUCAUUUUCUCCGCUAUUUAAUAAAAUAACAGACCUCUAAGGAUAUACAAUAAAAUUGUUCACAUA